UAAAAAGUAAACAAGCACAAGUUUCUAAGGAGAUUUUACUUGGUUUUUGAAAAAAUUUGAUCGAUAUUUCAAUAAAAUUAAAUUAAAAAUUAAAUUAAAAGAAGAAUGAAAGGGCUAGAAAUAAAUACUCAAGACAUUUGCGUAAAACUACAAAGUGAAGAUAGAUGUAGUCGUCAAAAUAGUUUAAAAAUGUUGAUAAAAAUUUUCGGGGCGAAAGAUCUGCCACAAAAUGAUUUGAUUUCAAUCUAUGAUGAGUGCUACUUGCAUAUUCUAAAAUGCUAUGCUGAUAAGUAUGAAAGUUGUAGAGAAUCUGCGUGUGAUUUAAUAACUGAGGCAAUAACCAGAUUACCACGUAAUGACUAUUAUCUACAAUAUAUUAUUACCACAUUAGCUAGUCGCUUGGGCAAGAAAGAAAUAAUUGAAACUAGUGAAGAAAUGAGAUUGCAUUUAAUGAAACAAUUAAAUUUUCUAAUAGAAAUAUUCAAAUCUCCAUUAGAUUGUGAAAAAAAAGAAGAUAAGUUACUAAAAUCAUAUAAUGAAAUUGUUGAUAUAUUAUUGAAAACGCUAACUGACGAGUAUUCUGCAGUUCAAAAAGAAGCAUGUUUAUCAAUAAAGUUGUUAGCCAAUUCUACGCCAUCGUUCCACUAUCGAUGUGAAGCAUUAGCAAAACCACUACGACCACUUUUAACUCAUAAGCAUUGUCAGAAUAGAAUAGCAGCAAUUGAAUGCUUAGCUUUAAUAUGCAUAAAUAUCACUUCCAAUGGCGAACUUAUACGAGAAUUAAUUCAAGAUAUUUCACCAAAUUUAAUGGAUUUAAUGCCGUUAGUACGACUUGAAUGUGGCAAAGCCGGCGUUUUGUUCUUAAUGAAAUUGCGAGAUAGAUAUUCGUUUUUUGAAAAUAUACUUCCUUUAGUACUUUGCUGUUUAAAGGAUGAAUCUCCGGAAGUUCGGGAUUAUAUAAAACCUUUAUGGAUCGAAUGUGGAAAACUUUAUUAUGAUGAAAAUGAGACACAAUUACGAAAACUAGAAGUCGCUGAUGAAGUUCCGAAAGAUUAUCCCGAAAAUGAAGAAAGGCCAACUCUGGGAUGUAGAGCAUUAGUUCAAAGAGCGUUACGAAUGGUUCACUUAAUUAUGCGGGAAACGUCGGAUUGGAAAGAUGAAGUCAGAUUACAUUCUCUUAAACUAUUAUAUCAAUUUGCUUUACACGCUGAAGACGCUGUAACCGUUAAAUUUUUCGAAAUUUACAGAGAUUUAUCGAGAUCCUGUGCUGAUCCUGAAAAACAUAUUGCAAAUGAGGCUUUAAAAGUUUGCAACCUAAUGGGACGACUCAUGACAUAUGAGUCAUGGAUUAAUACUGCAAUUAAGGGAUUGGAAAAACAUCAAAACUUAGGAUUUUUAAAAUGCUUUUAUACUUUGUAUUCAUCAAAUAAAUUUGAAGUUUAUGACGAUAUUUUAACUAUUUCUAAAUUGUUGUCUAUGUCUGCUUUUUGUCACAGCUUCAAGCCCGAAUUUCAAGAGUACUUAUUGAAGUUAGUAGAAGUUCUCAUGGAAAAGUACAAUAAUAUUCGCAAUAAAACAGAAACUGAACCUUCUACUUUACCAGAAAAUCUAGAUAAAGCAAUGGAAAACUUAAGAAUUUCAACAGAAAAUGAAGUCGAAAAGUACUUCUAUCAUAUUAUUAUAAAAGUCAUGUCUAUAAGCUUUGAAGAAUGUGAUCAAAAAGUAUUCAAACUUGGUGAAGAAAUCCUAUUGAAAUUGUCGUGCAAUAAUGAAAUUAAAUUAGACCAACUUCACAAAACAUACUUAUGUUCAGUAUUGGAAACGCUGGAUACCUUGGAUUCUGAUAUUGAUGAAAACAGUGAACCAAUUAUACUUUUACAUGGCAUAAUACGGAUUUGUGGUUUCCGAAACGAGUAUCUUCCAAAGUUAAUAGAAUGCAUAAAUAUUGUUUGGGUUAAUGCAUUGCCCGAAGGUAAAGUAAAAAUAUUUACUGCUAUAUCAAUUUCUAUGCUCAAGUGGAAUGAUACUAUGAGAAUUGACACAGCAGUAAAUGUUGAUAUUCUUCGAAAUUUUGUAAAAGAUGUCGUAAAACCUCAAUUAAUAUGGAAAGCGGGUGCUAGUGCUGAAUCUAUGCGUUCAAUUGCAGUAGCCACUUUAUGUUCUAUGACACAGGGAGCCAAAGAGGAAGCACCUGAAAUUCUUUCUGAAUAUAUUUCCUUAUUUCCUGGUUUAAUAGAAGACCAAAAAGUAACAACUAGGUGUUAUGCUUUAAAAUGCUUCAAAAAUUUUGCAACAAUAGAUAAGGAAAAUUUGAAACCGAUUGGGUUUGCAAUUCUUAGUCGACUUGAUGAUCCUUGUUCUGAAAUAAGGGAAUGGGCUGCAAAAGUAUUUCCCCUACUUACGGUAGCUGUUGCAGAUGAAGAGCAUAACAAUAUGAUGAAUGAUCUUUUAGAUUAUGGUUUGAAUUUAUUAUUCUUACAUUUUGAUGGACCAGAACUAAAAUUAAAAGCUAUUAUCAAAGAUUCCUUAAUUUUACUCAAAAGCAAAUAUCCAGAUAUAUUUAGAAAAAAAUUUGAAUAUGCUAUGGAGCAUUCUGUUAACAAAAAUGAAUUAUUAGAAAUUCAGAAUGAUGUCAUCAAAGAAUAAAACUAU